AUGGAGCUCACCAUGGAGAACCUUCACAGCGUCUCCUUGCACUCCCAGGUGGGAGACCUUAUGGGCUCUCCGCACGCACGGCCGUCGCCGUCUCCCAGCUCCGCUCCCCGGAAUCUGGUCUCGCAUACUCCCGGCUCGCGGUCAGCCAUGGUCUCCGGCAUGGCCUCACUCAUGGAGGGCUCCGGCGGGGACUACCGGACAGAUCCGUCUGCGCUGUCCGGACACCUGCACCCGUCCAUCAGCAUGUGCGAGACCGGGAUGAGCCUUAGUAACACGUAUACCACACUGACCCCUCUGCAGCAUCUACCUCCAAUAUCCACCGUCUCGGAUAAGUUUCAUCACCCGCACUCCCACCAUCAUGCUGCCGCCCAUCAACGACUCUCCGCGGGGAACGUCAGCGGCAGCUUCACGCUGAUGCGGGAUGACCACCGGGGGCUCGCCUCCAUGGGCAAUCUGUACAGUCACUACCCCAAAGAGAUGUCCGUGUCCGGUAUGGGUCACAGCUCGCUCUCCCCGCUGUCCAGCGGGCUGGGUUCUUUGCACAACUCCCAGCAACCGCUGUCAGCCUACGGUCCGAGCGCACACCUCUCCACCGACGGCAAGAUGCUCUCUCAGGUGUCAGGGUUUGAGUCCCACGCCUCCAUGCUGUCCCGAAGUGACCAAGAGCACCUAGCUAGGAGUUUAGGGGGCCACGGCCACGGUAUGAUCUCCAACCUCAACAGCAUGCACCACCACCCACACAGUCACCUCCACUCACAGGCGAACGGCGCGGUGAUGCUGGGGGACCGAGAGAGGCACGGCCACGGAGCCGGGCAGGCAGGAUCAGGCAUGCAGGGGGAAGAAAUCAACACAAAGGAGGUUGCACAGCGGAUAACGGCCGAGUUAAAGAGGUACUCCAUCCCUCAGGCCAUAUUCGCCCAGAGGAUCUUGAGUCGGUCGCAGGGAACCCUCUCAGACCUGCUACGGAACCCGAAACCCUGGAGUAAGCUCAAGUCCGGCCGGGAGACCUUCAGGAGGAUGUGGAAGUGGCUACAGGAGCCUGAGUUUCAACGGAUGUCUGCACUCCGGCUGGCCGCAUGUAAACGUAAGGAGGAGGACCGAGGACGAGAGCGCAACCAGUUGCCAAAGAAGCAGCGACUGGUCUUCACCGACCUGCAGCGUCGCACCUUGGUAGCCAUCUUCAGAGAGAACCGCCGCCCCUCCAAGGAGAUGCAGAUCACCAUCUCCCAGCAGCUGGGCCUGGAGCUUUCCACCGUCUCCAACUUCUUUAUGAACGCACGCCGCCGCUGUACGGACCGGUGGGACACGGAGGAGCUCAGUCAUGGGGUGCACGGCCACGGCCACGUGCACACUCCUCAUGGAAACAGCAACAACAACAACAGCAACAACAACUCAACGAUCUAA